CGGGCAGCGCAGCCAAUGAGAGAGGAGGGGGCGGGGCCAGGUCGGGCUGGUGGCGGGAAGUGUCGAGCCGGGGCUGAGUUGGCGCGAGAAGAGCCCCCCACUAUGUCCAGCAGCAGCCCGCAGCGCCAGCCCACCAUCGGCUUCCCCCGCCGGAGGAGCGCCCGCCGCCUCGCCGCCCCCCCGAGCAAGAGCGGCGCCGACCCCGCCAGCCCCGACCCCUCCGCCCUGCGGCUCCCCCCCCACCCCGGAGCCUCGACCCCCAGCACAUGCUCAGCCCGGACCAAAGCGCUGCCCCUGAGUCCCCGCAAGCGCCUGGGUGACGACAACCUCUGCAAUGUCCCCCAUGCCCAGCCCUGCUCCCCGGCCAAGCGCAGCAAGGAGAACCAAGGCCGCCGCUUGCUCUUCGGGGACUCCCCGACGUCGCCCGAGAAGCCCAACACCCCGGGGCCCUCCCCACAGCAUGGGGGGCAGGAGACCCCCCGGCGUUCGGGGCUCGGUGGGACACCUGCCCGCACCCGGCUCUUCAGGCAGGAAGGUACCUGCUACCAGCAGGCGAAGCGGGUGCUGCAUGUGGCCGUGCCCGAGCGGCUCCACGCCAGGGACAAGGAGACCGGCGUCAUCCGGCAGUUCCUGCGGGACCACGUCUGCGGGCGCCGGCCCGGCAGCCUCUACAUCUCCGGAGCCCCCGGGACGGGGAAAACAGCCUGUCUGAGCCGCGUCCUGCUCGACUGCAAGGAUGAGCUCGCCAGGAGCAAAACCAUCGUCCUGAACUGCAUGUCGCUGAGCAGCCCGCAGGCCGUGUUCCCCGCCGUGGCGCAGCAGCUGGGGCUGCCCGCGGCCGCCGGCCGGGACGGCGCGCGGAGGCUGGAGAAACAGCUGACGGCGGCACAGGGACCCAUGGUCCUGUUGGUGCUGGACGAGCUGGACCAGCUGGAGAGCAAGGGCCAGGACGUGCUCUACACCCUGUUCGAGUGGCCACGGCUGCCCGGCUCCAGGCUGGUUCUUAUUGGUUUGGCCAACGCGCUGGACCUGCCGGAGCGCGGCCUCGCCCGCCUCGCCGCCCGCCCCCACGGCGGCCCCCAGACCCUCCGCUUCGCCCCCUACACCCGGGAGCAGCUCGUCGCCAUCCUGCAGGAGCGGCUGGGCCAGGUGGCCGGUGACCCUGUCCUGGAUGCCGCCGCGCUCCAGUUCUGUGCCCGCAAGGUCUCCGCGGUCUCCGGUGAUGCUCGCAAGGCUCUGGAUGUCUGCAGACGCGCCGUGGAGGUGGUGGAGCUGGAGGUUCGGAGCCAGACCCUCCUCAAGCCGCUCUCCGGGGGUGACUCCCCGGUGUCCCCCAUCCCCAAGCGCGUGGGGCUCCUGCACGUCUCCCGCGUGAUCUUGGAGGUGUUUGGGGACCAGCUGACGGCCGGUGGCCACAGGGCCCCCGAGACCUUCCCGCUGCAGCAGAAGGUGCUGCUCUGCUCCCUGCUCCUGCUCGCCCGGCGCCUGCGCGCCCGGGAGGUGACGCUGGGGAAGCUCCACGACACGUACAGCCAGGUGUGCCGGCAGCAGCGUCUCCCCGCCGUCGACCAAGCCGAGUGUCUGUCCCUUGUCACCCUCCUGGAGUCCCGCGGCGUCCUGGAGCUCAAGAAGGCCAAGGAGGCCCGGCUGGCCAAGGUGUCUCUGAAGAUGGAGGAGGCGGCGGUGGAGCACGCGCUGCAGGACGCGGUGCUGCUGGGCAGCAUCCUGGCACAGGGGCUGCGUUAAACCCCCCCAGACCCCCCCGGCAGCCCCUUUUCCGGCUCCUUGGCGCUGCCCCAGGUGGGAUUUUGGUGCACUCAGGGUUUGGUUGGAGCAGGGAAAGGGCUCUCAGAGGCUGCUGUUUGUCGAGUUGUGCUCUGGGGCAGUUUUAUUGAUAUUGCUAUUAAUAAUAUUAUCAUUGUUAAUCUUGUGUGGCUGGAGCUUGAGCGGUGGGGGCUGGCACCUUCCCAGCCCCUUUGCAGCAGCGGCCGUGGACGGCGGGUGCUCCCAGCCCCCUCCCACCCAGCACCUCUGAUCCUGGGUCCUGAUGUUGCUCCCAGCUUGUUCGGAGCCUUUGGGGGCCCCCCUGAGCUGCAGGAGGGGGGUCCUGGAGGUGGCAGAGGGGGUGCAGGGUGCACCCAGCUCCAGGCUGUGCCUGGUGGGGGGCAGGGGGGUCCCCUCCAUCUCCUGGCAUUAAUAAAGUUGUUCUGGUUCA